AUGCCACGUUGCUACAUGGUGAAGAAGCAUCAGGGGCAAAUGUCGCCCGUGCAGAAGUCCAGCGAUAGUGGACGCUUUCGACAACAAUCGCCAGCCAUGGGUGUGAAGUUGCCACAAAAAGACGACGCCACGGAACCCGUGAGUCCAACGGAAGGAUCAAUCGCGCCACUCUGUGGAUCACCAGACAGCAGAGGAGAGUAUCCAAAACUGCCGCCAGUAUUUGGGGCGAGUGGGAUGAGUGGCGGGCCUGUUGGGGUGGAAAAUAUAUCGUUGGCAAAACCAACAAGUCAGCGAAACGUGCAACAGAAUGCGGGCCUAUCCUCGGUGGAGUCCAUGCGCGGUCGAACAGAUCGCAGUGUCACUGUCAUAACAGCCACACCGAGACACCAGUCCAUCCCCACGUCAGUGGUGGUGUACACGCCACCUAUGCGAGUCGCCGCGACUCCCGAGGUGAGUUCCCUAUUCAAGGAUCGCAGCAUUGAGGAGACCGAGGCAGCGCACGAUCUCCUGUCACUAUCACAGAGUCUACCACCCUUGCCUGCCCCAUGCGUGGUCACAAUCCUCCAUCCCGACCCCAGCUUCCACCCCACGUCGCCCAUCAUGCACGAGAUCACGGCCAGCAUGACUCAACCAGCGUCGCCGCGGCCCACGUCACCCGUCCCCGUAAUCGUGCCGUGCUACGAAUUGCCGGCCCAGACUGUGGCCCCACUCACGCCGCCCACGUCAGAGCACAGCUCAGACGCCGAACUGGGCGCCUCUUCAGAUUCCUCCUCAGUCAGCUUCCGUGGCCGCAAGGCCACCUCCGAAGUCUACACAUAUGACGAUCUGAUGGUCAGCGACGGGCGGUCGAAGAACAAGCGGCGGGAGGCCGCUCGCAGUGCCGCCGUAGAAGUGUCAGAGGGCUCCCGGAAAAACAAGUACCGAUGCCCGGAGUGUGGGAAGCAGUACGCGACGUCCAGCAAUCUGUCACGCCACAAGCAGACCCAUCGCAGCCUGGACUCGCAGUCGGCGAAGAAGUGCCACACGUGCGGCAAGGCGUACGUGUCCAUGCCGGCGCUGGCCAUGCACGUGCUCACGCACAAGCUGAGCCACAGCUGCGGCGUGUGCGGCAAGCUCUUCUCGCGGCCGUGGCUCCUGCAGGGCCACCUGCGCUCCCACACCGGCGAGAAGCCCUACGGCUGCGCGCACUGCGGCAAGGCCUUCGCCGACCGCUCCAACCUGCGCGCCCACAUGCAGACGCACUCCGCGGACAAGAACUUCGAGUGCUCGCGCUGCCACAAGACCUUCGCGCUCAAGUCCUAUCUCAACAAGCACCUCGAGUCGGCGUGCUUCAAGGACGACGCCGCCGCCGAGGGCCGAACACAUGACGAUGACGAUGAUUCCGAAGAUGAGUUGAUUAUAGUCACAUAAAACCUCAUAUAAAUCCAAUAUUGCAGAUAAUCUCUGUUCUCGCGAGAUAGAGAAAUGGCGUUGAGCCCAAUUUGCAGUUCACCGUUCACGUUGCUACAUAUAUGACACCUCUGAAAUUGUGUCUUAGAUUGUCGCCUAGCAAAAUAUCACAGCCAAGAAGUCGGAACAUAACUUGUGGCUCAGAGCCGGAAGUGAAAGAUGCCCCAGGAAAGUGCACGCUUUCAGACAGCUUCAAGUGCUGGCCAAAAGUGUGCACUGACCGCAAGGACUGCCCGACCACACAUUGUCUUAAUUUCAAUUCAUCUGAAAUUGGUUUAUAAGAUUUUGGUGUGUAGAUUAAUAUAUACAACCGUAGUGGAUCAAUUUGCAUGGCCACCACUGUAUCUUUAAGAGAAACUCAUCCGUCGAUAAAAUCUUCAAAUAAAUUUAUGAGGCAACGUUAUCGGUGAAUUGUGCUUAGGCCUUUGGAUCCAAAAAAUCCUGCGUUAUUUUACAACCCCAGAAAUUAUAUAAAUUUUAACAUGAUUUCACGAGUUCGGAAAAUAUGAGGAGAUAUAAAUUUAGAGAGAUUAAAAAUAUGAGCAAUACCACUUUUGUAGUACAUUUACUUAUAUUUUUGCAUUUGACAAGAGAGGUUUAAAAAAAAGUGAGAGACAAUUUAGUGAAAUGGUAAAGUGUAAAUAAAAUUGAGCAUUCAUUCAAAUUUUACUCUUUAUAUAAUAAUAUAUUUUGUAGAUGACGAAUAGGAGAGCAAAAGAGAAAAGAUGGACAACUUUUAAAAUAUUAGCGAAAAAUUGAAGAGAUUUAGAUCAACAAUAUAGUGGGAGAAAAAGAGGUGAAGACAACACAAAAUCUAGGCUUUAGGAGUUUUAGGGAAGAUUGCGUGCGCUUUUUGGUAGAAAACAGAACAUUUUUCUUAUGCACAUUAUUAAUCAUAGAUUUGAUAUAGCUUUGAUAUUAGGUGGAGGAUUUUCCAUGAUGGGUCUAACACACUCGGCAACAGUAUGAGGAAUUUUUUGCUCUAGAAAAACGGAAAAGGCUUAAAUCGUAGUGAAAAAUGAGAGAUUCUUGUGCAACGAAUAAGUAGGAACACAUUUAGGAGGAUUUAUUGUGCACUUUGAGAGCACUCUUCUAUUUCCCAAACUACUCGUCAACACCCACGCGCUUCUGAGCAUCUCCCUGUGUUUUUUUCGGGUAUACGAUAGGCGAGAGAGCAGCACGUCAAAUUUGUAUUUCAAUGGACAGGACACGCCGGAAAUUUAAAAAUGUUUAUCUAUUUGAGCAACGAGGAAAUUUAAUGUGGCCUGGAAAGGGGUGGCAAGUGAAAUUCAACAUGCCACAUAACAUUUUGUUGUGGACCGCAUCGACUUUGUGCUUGAUGCAUUUAUUGGCCUAAUAUGGUAUCACACCAAUCGAUCUCGGCGCCACCCCGUCACACCGCCUCGUCCCUCUCCAUCGGCCACGCUCACCCUCGACGGACGUCGAGCCAACUCCACCCCGAAAAAGGGGUGGUCAAAUGUAUCAAAAAUACAUCAACUUCCAUUUGGAUUAAUGACAGAUCAGUUGUGAGCGACUUUCUCAUUAAUUGCUCAAUUCAUUAUAUGAACAUUUCAGCUGUACACAGAUUAAUUUUUUACCGAGGUGGGUAAUUUUCACGGAAUUGGGGGUAAAAAUCAUUUUCCACCACUCUUCCUUAAGGUACAUAUCAUCAGCGUUGCUUCGCAAGACAUUAAACUUGAAAUUAAAGUUUGAACAGUAUUGAGAACUUUUUAUUAUUAAAAAAGAAUGUAUAGAAAUCACAUUUUUAUUCUGUGGGUUUUUCAACAAAAUCAAGAAACAAUUGAUUCAGCAAUUAUUUCACUAAUUGAACGGCAAUAUUUUGAUUUAAAACAGUGUAGUUAGCAACCCGCUGAGGAGAAACUUGUCAGAGGGUUGCGCAGCAAUCGAAACGGAAACAACUUUUACAUGUCGAUAUCGAAAAAGUUUAAUGUAGUGCGAAGAACUGAUAAGAAAUGAAUUUCCUAACGGGGGAAAAAUGCACGAAGCCGAGAGUCAUCGAUUAACGUCUCCUAAUUAAUUCAGUCUCAAUUAAAGAGCGAAUUUAAUGAUUUUUUCAGCGUCCCGAAGGAGUUGAAGAUUGGGGAGUGAAUACAAAAGUAGCAAAUUAAUUUGAGGCGCACAUUUGAAACCAUCUGAUUUUGCAAUCUAAAAUCUCAUUAAUUUCUUCAGGGAUAACUUCCAGGUGCGAUCCCAUUGGCACACACUGUAUUUUUCAAUUAAACCCACACCUUCUUGUCCACCUCUUGUGCGGAUUUUUCCAACGAGGGGGUGAAUACAUAAUAAUUUGGUUUAUUUUCACGUGACUUGACACUCAUUAUUCGAGUCGAGCACACAAGUGAAUUACUCAUUUGGUGAAUUAUUGUGCUUUUUUGCCCUCCUCGCGUGAUUGAAUAGUUCAGUGAGACGCAUAUUUUAAUAAUUAUUGUGUGUAAUUUUAAUUCAGCCCCGAAAUUAAGCUCUCUCUCGCCUUUCCGCCCUCUUCGCACUCCCACUAAUGAGGCUCGUUCUUUUUCAUGUGCUUUCCCACACCAAGGCUCGAAACAUGCUGCAGAAUGUUGGGGAAAUUCUUUGAGAUUUUCCUGAGCGGUUAUGGAAAGAAAUUUAAUCUAGCAAGUGGAGAAAACAAUAUAAUUACAGAUAAUUAAAAUACAUAUCAGCAAGACAAUACUUAUAGAGAAUGUGAGAGGAUGAGAAAGAUGAAAUAGAUGCGAGAAAAGGAGUGGUAAAUUUAUUUUUUUCUCUUUUCCUAUCCUUUACCAUCUGACAUUAGAUUCGAGAAGGAAAUUAAUAUGAAGAUUAAUGUGAAAUUUAAUCUGACUUUAUGGCUCAGAGUGGAUGAGAAAAAAUAUCUCGAAUGCAGUCCAGUUUCAUUAAAGCACCAUAUCUUGUGAAAAAAUGUAUGCAUGAUUGAACUGGCGCACGGUGAAAAAGCCAUGGGAAAACAAGAAAGAAAAUGGCAUUAAAAAUUUACGUGGAUGAUGAUUUUUUCAUGCCAGCGCAUAAAACUAUGUGCUUUGGCGCCAAAAAGUGUCCGAGAAUAGGAGAAAAAAUUAUGAUUAACUCAAUUUUCGCAACAUGUCAGCAGAUAUUUAAAUCUGAUGCCAGUGCACAAAAGUUUUUACUUUUAAUUGCAUGAAAUUCGCAACACACAACUUGACCGGGAAAAUUCGGUGUGCGUUGGCAACUUUAUAGCCGCUAUAGCAGAAUAGAAUAACCGAGGGAAAAACGCAAUUGGAAGACUUGUUCUGACACUUUCGCAUUGUCAUACAGAUGUAUGUAGUUAAUACAUAUAUCCUAGGUACCAACCAAAAUUUCAAGUAUAAAAUAUACUUAUUUGCGCGGCAGCUCCCAAUAAUUAUGAUUUACUGUGCAACAUUUUGUAAUUCUUGCGGAAAUUUUCAAAUGAAGCCGAAUCUGAUUGUCUUCUAGACGACUUGAUGCUUAUUUUGAGACCAUUAUGAAUAUGUUAAAAUAAUAAAAUUAUUUUGAGAGUGAUAUUUGAUUUCAAAAAGACCACUAAAAUUUUCAUGGAUUCAAAGUGGAAUUUUGACUUGUAAAAUUCCGUCUUUCCCUGAGUAAAUAUUCAUGCCCCAACGCACACUGACUCUACCGGAUGUAAAACUACAUAAUUUGGAGAAUAGACACAAUUAUAGCUGAAGCAACAUUCAACCAAAUAUGGCGUUGAUGCCAGGGCAAAAAGGGGUGCUGGUACUCCAAUCAUACCGCAUCCACAUAGCAUUUUAUUCCAAUUAGCAGAGGAACAACUGUUGAAUUAUAAAACAAGCAUCAAAUAUAGAAUUUUGGCGUAUAAUUUGAAAUGUGGUGCAAACACUACAUGCAAAACACACUGAUUUUAAUGGACUCUAGCGCUAGUAUGCACAUGUUUUUCUAUCCCUGCACAUAUAGCUUGAAAAAAAAGUUGAAUCUCAUAAAAGUGAAUCUGUGCAAUAUUAUUUUUCUCUAAUUACUCCCAGCCCAAAAAACAACCGUGGAGAAAAUGAAAGGUAAAACGACACAAAGUACUCAUAAAAAUGAUAUGUAAAAAACCGUUCGAAUUUAAAACAUACAACGAUUUAAUCAUUUCUGGAGUUUAGACAAAAAAGACAAAUUGUAUAUGACAAAAAAAUACAUUAUUUAUGGUGAAAAAAAAAUCACUCAAAAUUCUCAAGAAAAAAAGAUGAUGAAAAGAUAACUUUGAAGCAAUACAAUUUUUUCGAUUUAAAAAGAAUAACUUGAAGAGUAAGAAGAGAAAAAUUAUGAAAAAAUCUAUUUAAUCUUAAAUAUACAACUUAUAUAUUUACCUUUUGAAAAGCAUCCCCCUUGAAAUUAACUAACAUAACAAGAGGUCUAUGUAGAAAAUGUAUAAAGAAAUAACAAAAUUCACUCUAAACAACAAAAAUAUUUAAUCCUAAUAUCAAUUAUAAUGCUCAGAUUUCCAAAAGCCAUUUUUGACGAAGUCCUUUUUAAGAGAACAAAUAUCAAACCAUUCAAUACUAUACUAACUAAAUAAUUACCUAUUUACUGACAAGAUACUAAUUCCUACUUCUUCAAUUUUAACAAUGAAAGAUACUUUCUAUUAGAUCUUGAAUGGAAUAGAGAAGACGAGAAGGAAAAUUUUACCACUAACAUUAUACAUAUUUACUUAGUGAAAAGAGCAAAAGCAGAAAAGACAGAUUUAGCAAGAUACACAGAAAUGUAAUUCUUGAAUGAAAUAUCGAUAUGUAGUUAGAGAAAACUAGGAAUUUUUUGAUUGAAAUUAUAUUAAAGGAAGACCAAAAUUAUAUAUACAUAUAUUUACUCAUAUAGACAUAUUUUUAAUAAUGUCUUAUAUUACUGAGGAAAAUGAUAUUUGUGAAGAACAGAAACAAAUUACUUUGGCCCACGCAAUCAUUUUCUCGGCGAAGAAAACAGAAAUAUGAAAUGAAAGGAAUAACAUUAAUUAGAAAAUGAUGUAGUCAAAGUGGUCACAUUUCGUAUCUUUAUUGAUAGUGAUAGAAAUUUACAGUAUAAUAUUUACGAUAUAUUACAAGUGAGAGAAGAGAGCGUGAAGGAAAUAAAAUUAGAUGGCUUUUUCCAUAUAAAGAGAAAAAAAAAACAUUGUAUUAUUAUACAUAAAUAUAUGACAUAUUAUACAAUUAAAAAAGAAAAGCUACCAAGAAAUGAUAAUGAAAUGAGAUAACUUUUAAUUGCAUUACAUUUUAAAUAUACGUAAUAAUUUUUUGGCUUCGUGUAGAAAGAGAAAAAGAAGUUACCCGAAAAAAGGUGGCCAGAUAUAAAAAAUGAGAUGAUGAAAAACCUAUUUAUAUGUAUAUUAAUGGAGGAAAUAACACUUAUAUUUAAUCACUUGUGCUAGUGUUUAAAAGGCAGUUGAAGGAAGAGAGAAAAGCGCGAAAAUGACAGACACUGAAAAUGGAGAUAGAAGGUAAAAAAGGAUAAUAUUUACAAUUAAGUUCUGUAAGGCAACAAUAUUAAUAGCCUCUGAAAGCAAUAAAGCAUAUUUUUAA